AUGGCACGCUCUUGGACAGCCCCUCUUCUCCUGGCCGGUCUGGCCGUGGCACUACCUCAAGGCACUCCCGUCGUUCCGUCACCCUCCGGACAGGACUGCACCUGGCACGAGGACCACUGGGACUGCUCGACCCCAUGCGAGACGGUGACUACCACACGGCUCGCUAUUGAUGCGACCGUCACUGACUGGGACGCCUUCCGGUCGUCCAUGGACGCUGAGCACUCGACUUCUGAUGUCCCUUUCACUGGAAGCAGCGUGUUCGUGCAUACCUCGCUGUACACCUACCCUGGUGGCAGCUUCACUGGAUACCAGCUGUACGACUCGCAUGCCUUGACGCGUGCCGGCUUUAGCAUUACCACUGAGCUGGUGGCUGAGACCAGCUGUCCGACAACCUUCACUCUGCCGCCGUCGCCCACUGGUGCCAAUUGCAGCCCUCACCAAGACCAUUGGCACUGCGAUCCGACCUCUACUGCGGCACCCACAGCCACAGCGCCGCCCGUCGACGACACAGAGUGCACUCCUCACGACGACCACUGGCACUGCCCGCCAGGUGUUGAGGAGCCCCCCUUCCCACCCGGGGGAGAGCCUCCUGUCGCUUCGCCUUCGACGACGCCCCCCGUGGAGGAGGAGGACGAUUGCACGCCGCACGGAGACCACUGGCACUGCCCGCCAGGCGUCGAGGAACCCCCUUUCCCGCCUGGAGGUCAGCCUACCACCACUCGUCCUACGACUACCCCAACCACGCCUCCAUCGCCCCCCGAUGAUGAUGAGGAAUGCACGCCCCACGACGACCACUGGCAUUGCCCCCCUGGUGUGGAGGAACCCCCCUUCCCUCCUGGAGGUGAGCCUGGCCCUCCCACCACUCCCCCUCCGUCGGGCGGCGGCGGUGAUGGCGGCGAGGAAGAAUGCACUCCUCAUGAUGACCACUGGCACUGUCCUCCUGGCGUCGAAGAACCUGCUUUCCCUCCUGGCGGCUCGCCCUCUGACCCUACGACCCCUCCUCCGGCCGGCGGCGACGAUGGCGGCGAUGGCGGGGA